GCGCACCUCCCGGAAGUGGCCGGCCGCGAGCGAGAGCCCGGUCCUGCGCGGUCCCUGGCUGUUCUGAGAGGUAGUCUCCCGGCGGCAGGGUCCGGCUGGGAGAGAGCGUCCGGGCGGGGGCUGCACACUGACGAGCGCGGCGCGGAGCGAGACCUGGUGACGAUGGCGGGGCCGCUGGCGCUGCAGCUGGAACAGCUGUUGAACCCGCGCCCGCGCGAGGCAGAUCCUGAGGCCGACCCAGAGGAGGCCACUGCUGCCAGAGUGAUUGACAGGUUUGAUGAAGGGGAAGAUGGGGAAGGUCAUUUCCUGGCUGUGGGUAGCAUUAGAAAACUGGCAUCAGCCUCCCUCUUGGACACAGACAAAAGGUAUUCUGGCAAGGCUACCUCUAGAAAAGCUUGGAAGGAGGACCAUUGGGAGCAGACUCUGCCAGGUUCAUCUGACAAGGAGAUAUCUGAUGAGGGAGAGUCUAGAGAUGGAGAUUCAGACGGGCUGGGUCUGGAGGGAUCUGAUGAGGAUGUCAUGAGUGCUGCUGAGCAAGAGGAGUGUGAUAAUGACAAGGACAGUAAUCCGGCCUGGAAGAAGAGCCGAAGCCGCCCUGGAAAAACACCAGGUUUUAGUGUCCAGAGCAUCAGUGACUUUGAAAAAUUCACCGAGGGAAUGGAUGACCUUGGUAGCAGUGAGGAGGAGGAAGAUGAAGAGGAGGAGGAGAGUGGCAUGGAAGAAGGGGAUGGGGAGGAAGACUCCGAGGGUGAGAGUGAGGAAGACAGGGCUGAAGACAGGAAUAGUGAAGAUGACGGUGUAGUGAUGACCUUCUCCGGUGCCAGAGUUUCUGAGGAAGUGGAGAAAGGAAGAGCUGUGAAGAAUCAGAUAGCACUGUGGGACCAGCUCUUGGAAGGAAGGAUCAAGCUACAAAAAGCUCUGUUGACCACCAAUCAACUUCCUCAACCAGAUGUUUUCCCUAUUUUCAAGAACAAAGGUGGCCCAGAAUUUGCCAGCGCCCUAAAAAAUAGUCACAAGGCCCUUAAAGCAUUAUUGAGGUCAUUGGCAGAUCUUCAGGAAGAGUUACUUUUCCAGUACCCAGACACUAGAUAUUUAGUAGAUGGGACAAAGCCCAAAGCAGAAAGUGAGGAGAUUUCCAGUGAAGAUGAAGAGCUAGUAGAAGAGAAGAAGCAGCAGAGAAGGGCCCCAGCAAAGAGGAAGCUGGAAAUGGAGGACUAUCCCAGCUUCAUGGCAAAGCGUUUCUCUGACUUUACAGUCUACAGGAACCGCACACUUCAGCAGUGGCAUGAUAAAACCAAGCUGGCUUCUGGAAAACUGGGGAAGGGUUUUGGUGCCUUUGAACGCUCCAUCUUGACUCAGAUCGAUCAUAUUCUGAUGGACAAAGAAAGAUUACUUCGAAGGACACAGACCAAGCGCUCUGUCUACCGAGUUCUUGGCAAACCUGAACCGGCAACGCACCCUCUCCCAGAGAGUUUGCCAGGACAACCGGAGAUCCUUCCUCAAGCCCCUGCCAAUGCCCACCUGAAGGACUUGGAUGGUGAAAUCUUUGAUGAUGAUGACUUUUACCACCAGCUCCUUCGAGAACUCAUAGAACGGAAGACCAGCUCCUUGGAUCCCAAUGAUCAGGUGGCCAUGGGAAGGCAGUGGCUUGCGAUCCAGAAGUUACGAAGCAAAAUCCACAAGAAAGUAGAUAGGAAAGCCAGCAAAGGAAGGAAACUCCGGUUUCAUGUCCUCAGCAAGCUACUGAGCUUCAUGGCACCUAUUGACCAUACUACAAUGAAUGAUGAUGCCAGGGAGAGAGAGAGAGAGACAGCGAAAGAGGGAACACAAGCAAGGGGAGUGGGAGAGGAAGAAGCAGGCCUCCCGUGGAGCAGGGAGGCCGAUGUGGAGCUCCAUCCCAGGACCCUGGGAUCAUGACCUGAGCCAAAGGCAGAUGCUUAACAACUGAGCCACCUAGGCGCCCCUUGAUUCCAGUUUUAUCUUGACUUAUUGUAUAACAUUUUUGUAGCACAGGUAUUAUUUGCAAAGCCAUAUAAUGUCUUUUCCCAGUUGAUGUCAGCCUCUCCAAGCUAGAGAACUAAUGCAGGAGGACACCUGAGCAUGUUUUGCCCCCGCGCUCAUGCGGCAUGACCCAGAGGAGGCUUCCCUCUGUGGCUUCGUCUCCUUCUUGACAAAGCCAAAAUAGUCCUUGCUCAUGAGAGUCUUGAGAACGAAAUGUUCUUUUAAAUUUUUUGUUUCUGAGAAGGACUAUUUUAAAUGUAAUCUGUACAAUUACCUAAAUAAAGAAAAUGUAUGUUUUCAA